GAGUGUCUGCCAGCCCAGCGCGCCUGGAGCCGGAGCCCAAGCCGGAGCCGGAGACUUGCAGCCUCUGUCCCAUGGCUGGGUCCUCCCGCCGCGCCGGGGGCCGGCGACUGCAGCUGCCCCUGCUAUGCCUCCUCCUUCAGGGCGCCACCGCCAUCCUCUUUGCUGUCUUCGUCCGCUACAACCAUGAAACCGACGCUGCCCUCUGGCACUGGGGCAACCACAGUAACCCAGACAAUGAAUUUUACUUUCGCUACCCAAGCUUCCAGGACGUGCACACCAUGAUCUUUGUGGGCUUCGGUUUCCUCAUGGCCUUCCUGCAGCGCUACGGCUUCAGCAGCGUGGGCUUCACCUUCCUCCUGGCCGCCUUUGCCCUGCAGUGGUCCACACUCGUCCAGGGCUUCCUCCACACCUUCCACGGUGGCCACAUCCACGUUGGCGUGGAGAGCAUGAUCAAUGCUGACUUCUGCGCUGGGGCCGUGCUAAUCUCCUUUGGUGCCAUCCUGGGCAAGACUGGGCCGGCUCAGCUGCUGCUCAUGGCCCUGCUGGAGGUGGUGCUGUUUGGCCUCAAUGAGUUUGUGCUCCUUAGUCUCCUGGGGGUGAAGGAUGCAGGGGGCUCCAUGACUAUCCACACUUUUGGUGCCUACUUCGGGUUGGUCCUCUCUCGGGUCCUCUAUAGGCCCCAGCUGGAGAAGAGCAAGCAUCGCCAGAGCUCCGUCUACCAUUCGGACCUCUUUGCCAUGAUUGGGACCAUCUUCCUAUGGGUCUUCUGGCCUAGUUUCAACUCUGCACCCACUCCGCUGGGGGACGGGCAGCACCGGACAGCUCUCAACACGUACUACUCCUUGACCGCCAGCACCCUCAGCACCUUCGCCCUGUCGGCCCUUGUUGGGAGGGAUGGGCGACUGGACAUGGUCCACGUCCAGAACGCAGCACUGGCUGGAGGGGUUGUGGUGGGGACAUCCGCUGAAAUGAUGCUGACACCCUUUGGAGCUCUGGCAGCGGGCUUCCUGGCUGGGACUGUCUCCACGCUGGGGUUCAAGUUCUUCACGCCCAUCCUUGAGUCAAAAUUCAAAAUCCAAGACACGUGUGGUGUCCACAACCUCCAUGGGAUGCCUGGGGUCCUGGGAGCCCUCCUGGGGGUCCUUGUGGCUGGAUUGGCCACCCAUGACUCUUACGGAGAGGGCCUAGAGAGCGUGUUUCCACUCAUAGCAGAGGGCCAGCGCAGUGCGACGUCUCAGGCCUUGCACCAGCUCUUCGGGCUGUUUGUCACACUGAUAUUUGCCUCAGUAGGUGGGGGCCUUGGAGGGCUCUUGCUGAGGCUGCCCUUCCUGGACUCCCCACCAGACUCCCAGUGCUAUGAAGACCAGAUUUACUGGGAGGUGCCUGAGGAACAUGCGGAUUUAGCCCAGGGAUCUCUGAGACCCGAGGAACCAGACACUCAGGCCUAACUUGCUUCCAGCCCUUGAAAGGAUGCUCUCCAUUUGGAAGAUGAUGACUGGCUACCAUUGGGAAGCUCUUCUUUUCUAGCUCCCAUCACUUGUGCAGCAAGAAAGAAGACAGGAUCCCAAAGGAGCCUCCUUUCCAAAGGGAGCUGGGGACAGAGUGGAGGAGCCGGCUGGCUGUAACCCACCAUGGUGUGGGGAGACCCUCCCACCGUCCCAUUCCCCUCACCCCAUGCCCUGCAAGUGAGGCACCCAAGUGACUGCUGAUCCACUGGACCAGCAUCACACAGUUACAGUGAAGCCUGAGCCAGGGCCUGGCUCUCUGAGGGUGAUAAAUACCAUUGUCGCCAAGGA